GUCAGUCUCAGCCUCUCAGGUUCCUCUCCACUCCUCUUCCUCGCUUCCCCUUGCUAAAAGCUCUAUCGAGGCAUAUUAUCAAACGCCAAGAAUGCAUAGACGAUUCCGUCCUUCUCUCUGCAAAUCCCUUCUCCAACCCUAUUGUCGGACCCCUCAGCUUCCAUUUUCUCCGGAUUCAAUCCCUCCGCCUCAUGGAUUCGUCAAGCUCCUCCGACAAUUUCACCUCGUCCACACCGGCAUCACAGGGAAUCUCCACACUCAGACGCCCCCUUUUCACCGGAACCCCCAAACCCAGAAACCGCGUACGGGCACGGCAAGGAGGUGGAGCUCGGGGUCGGAUUUGGAUGUCGACAGGGAAGUAGACACGAUAAAUCUCAAGUUCGCAGAGGCCAGAGAGGAGCUGGAGAUGGCUAUGGAUUCGAAGGAGACUGUCUACUUCGACGAGGAAGCUGAAUGUGCGAGAGAUGCGGUGAACGAGGUCCUGGGCUUGUACGACUCGCUUCUCGUGAAGUUGCCGGAGGGCGAGAGGGGCGCCGUGCAGAGGUCGAUGGGGCUCAAGAUGGAGCAAUUGAAGGCUGAAGUCAAACAGUUGGAAGAUUGAAGAAUUGAUCGUUGAAGUUAUGGAGGUUGGUAUUCUUGUUUAAUCGUGUAUUCUUGCUCCCCCUUUGAGGUUAUUUGAGGGAGAUUUGCUAAAUGGUGAAGGAAAUAGACGAUGCUUUAAAAAGUUCGGAUCUUUUUUGUUGAUUGGCUUAGUUAGUGUAUAAGCUCAAAGGAAGUUCCUUUCUGCUUUUACGUUGCUAUAAUCCUAAUAAAUUGGAUACAAUGUUGUUCACUGAACCAUCUUUGCCUUCUGGUGAACUCAAUUUGGGCUUGAUAUGGAAAGGAAGAGUAUUUGAUAUAUGUGAUUCACCUGGAAGUGUCUCUGCUGAAACUUUUAUCAGGUUCAAAUUCACAACCGACUUCUCAAAGGAAAUGUCUAGUUCUCUCAAUCUCUCUUCAACUUGUUCGUAUGCUUAGCUGUUUUCCUGUGGGCAUAUUAGUUAGGUAUCGGGUUCGUUAUACUUAUAAUUCAGUCAGCACAACAGACUCUUUUGAAAAGAAUGAUACUAAGAUGUUAGUUGCUCCGAGCCUCUGACAUUUAAAAUGUAAGAUGUCUGCUGCAAAUGCCUGUCCAAGUCAUCUAGAGCAUGCUUGUUUCCUUGAGGAACAAGCACACUGUUUUACCUGUUUAAGUUUGUAAUGGUGUGCAACCAUAGUUGCCAAUUGGCCGUUGCAGCUUCCUCAGUUGUGCUAAUUGCUUGGAUGGCGCUCCAUGGUUUUAGUUAAGUGAGUACCAGAUUUAGUAAUGUCGUGUGAAAUUUGAUAAUAUAUCUCUCAGCCUGAUAUGGAUGAAUCGAUUGGAAAUUCAGGACAGCUUCCGUGGUAAUUGACUGUGCAUCAGUGCAUGCUACAGCUACAUAGCUUCUGCUGUUAAACAAAAUAUGUCUGAGAGG